UAUCCACACUACAUUAAAUCUAUUCUCUUUUCACACUGUGGAACUCAGAUCAAGACAUGACAGUUUCAACUCAUACAUUAAACUUGUGUUGACACAGUUAAAAGGUUUUACUGGUAUAUGUGUUAGAUUUGAAGACGCCCUUUUUUUUCUAGCUUUAAAAUCCCUGUUACUGUGCAACAGCCUUCACAGUGGUCAGCAGGUGGGUUACUUAUGGAGAGCGCUGCAAGACCUGAGCUUGUCUGCAACCACACAGAUGCAUGGGACUGGGUUUACACCAUGCAGCCUGCCUACAUGUCCAUCAUCUGUCUUCUUGGAGUGAUCGGCAACUCCUUUGUGCUUUGUGUGUUCUGUCUCCAGAAGCGACGCAGCUCUGUGGCUGACAUCUACCUGAGCAACCUGGCAGCAGCUGAUCUCCUCAUGGUUUCCUGCCUGCCAUUCUGGGUCGCUACCAUUAUCAACAAGUUCCACUGGAGGUUUGGGGAGUCCAUGUGUCAGCUUAUCAGCAUCGUCAUUGGGAUGAAUUAUUACUGCAGUGUGCUCUUCCUUACACUCGUGAGUGUGGACAGAUACGUGGCCCUCACCAGACCCCUAAGCCAAGGGAAACACAGAAGAGCCUUCUGGGCACGUGGGAUUUGCUUCUGUAUCUGGAUUGUCGGGGCCUUGCUCAGCUUCCCUGCUAUCCUGUUUCGCUCUGUCCAGUUCUUCCCUCACCUGGGCGUUGAUGCAUGCUACCUAGCAUAUCCCCAUGAAGGUUGGAGAUUGCGCUACAACAUGACUGUCAGCAUUGUUGGCUUCUUUAUCCCUGUUCCCAUUGUAUCCUUCUGUAGUUACCACAUCACUAAAGUCCUUCGGAGCAGCCAGAAGAUGAGAAAAGGCAACAGAGGCGGUGUGGAAGGAAAGGCUGCGUACCUCGUUCUUGUUGUUCUUGCUGUUUUCAUUCUCUGCUGGCUGCCAUACCAGAUUCUGAUCUUCUUGGACACCUUGGACCAUUAUGAGGUCACCUCUGGAUGUACAUGGGCAUAUGUUUUGGACAUUGGCAACCAGUUAGCAACAUACCUUGGCUAUAGUAACAGCUCACUGAAUCCAUUCCUGUAUGUGAUCGUAGGGAAGCACUUUAAGCAGAGGGCAAGAGAAGUGUUUAGACUUAUGCUGUGCAGAAGGAAACGGCAAUGGGUUAAGUCCGGUCAUUCCAAUGCCAAUCUCAGUUCAACUAAACAAACUGACAGUACUAAAAUCUAA